AUGGAGGAUGCUGGAAACAAGGAGUUGAGCAGCACAGGAGAGCCAAGAGAAGUGGACUGCCUGAUGUCUAGUCAACCGAGCACAUCCUUUGCAAAGCCCCCUGCAAAGAAAAAAAGAGCAAACAAGACAGCAAAAGAGGACGAAUGUAAAUCAAACAAGAAAGCAGGAGAUGCUGAGACUCCAAAACCCACUCCUAGGAAAAUUGAAUUAGAGAACAUUCCUGACACACCGAGAGAGGCCAGGGUGAAGAUGCGUAGGAAAAAAUUGAAGACGGAGACGGAGGAGGGACAAGAGACUUGUCCUCAGGUGAUAGUGCCUCUUGAAGUGGUCCCUGUACCAGAGGAGCAGAUGCCCGCCCUUACUGAACCUCCUGUCCUCUAUGAAGAGGUCAGCACAACGGUUGUGACCACAACCGCCUCUGAGGCAGUGUUGGCGUCUUGGUCGAGGAUUGCAGCCAAUGCUAACAAGAACGAGGCCCUGCAGUCCAUUACAACACCCGAGACAAACGGGGAUCUAUGGUGUGUGGUCCAUGGGAGAAGCCUUCCAGCAGACUCAAGAGGUUGGGUUCGGCUUCAGUUCCACGCUGGACAAGCCUGGGUACCUGAGAAGAAGGGGAAAGUGAUUGCCCUCUUCCUGCUGCCAGCCUGCACCUUUCCACCCCCACACCUGGAGGAUAACAUGCUGUGCCCCAUGUGUGUUCACAAGAACAGGAUCCUCAAUAAGAGCCUCCAAGGAUAAAGGGAAUCUCAGGUGUGAGUGGCUGCUGUCAUUACCUACUCCUUGGAGUGAGAUACGAACUGCAGCCAAGACUGAGACUGAUGGGAAUUCACACCUGUGUCCUUGAA